AUGAUCUCUAAAUUAUCUUUAUUUUUUGUAUUUUUCACAAUCGGAAUGGUAGUUGGAAGUUCUGACACACCUCAAUAUAAUAAACCAACAACUUUGUUAACUUUUGGAGCAUAUUACCAAGAGAUAGAUCUUACCACAGGUGAACUAAUUACUUCAGAUCCGAUUAAUGGAAACUGGAAUGUUGAAAAUCUUUUAUCAUAUGAUGUAGAAUCAAAAGAGGCUUUGCUUGUUAUCCAAGAUUUUAUCAAUGGAACUUACUGUAUUAGUUUUAACUCAGACACUGCAGAAUAUGUAGAGUUGGGUUCAAACUUGAUAAACGGUUCCAUUGUUUUGGACGUUUUAGAACAACCAUAUAUAUUCAACGAACAAACCAAUACCGCUUAUCUUAUUGGUAUGACUCUUAACAAUACAAAUAUUGCAAUGAUUGCAAUGGAUUUCAAUCAAGGUUAUAUGUAUGUUGAUUAUUAUAAUUUCACAGGAAGUGAAAGUACUACUCCAGCUUUUGUCUUCAAUCCAAGUUUGAAUUCAAUUUCCACCAUUUUCGCAGACAUCAAUUCCAAUGCCAUCUAUUUGACUCAAGUCGGAUUCGCUGGAAAUAAAUUGUUGUCCCAGACACCAUUGGUCAAUUUGCCAGAGGGAUUGGACAGUUUCAUUUUGUUAAACUAUUACAACGGUCAACUGUACGGAGUUUUCACAUAUUCAAAUGGAUUCGGUGUUGCCAUCAUUAAUACCAAUGGUGGAGUCAAAGUUGUCUAUACAAUGGAGACUGCAACAGAUACAAAUACAAACCCAGUUGUUCAAGGUGGUGACUACUACAUUUUCUUCACCCAAACAACCAAUUUUAAUGAGUUAGAGUACACUUUCUUUAAUAUGGCCACUUUGAAGGAAGAAUCAUCUUUCACCGUUAAAAACCCAUUGUUUUUUGUAAACUUUAUCAAACCAAGUUCAGAACAACUAACGUGA